AUGGCUGCCCUGCGUUCAAUCGCCCCUUCAGCGUACCGAAGAGAUGCCCUCGCAGACGCCAUCAAGAGCAAGCAAACGAGGCCUUCUUCCAUCGGCCCUUGUGCCCGCUCUUCGGCGCAUUCCGGUGAGCGACGCAGGUCAGCAGCAAAAGCAUUCCUUCAGAGCAUGAUCGACUCGUGCACCGUCAAGGACAGUCGGGUGGUUGACUUCGACGACAUUGGACCGCCAGCUCAAAGCUGUGGCUCGUCAGACUGGGGUGGCUCUCGCUGCGGCACCUCUUCCCCGAAGCCCUCCUACCCGAUGACAGAGAGCAUGAAGGUUGGCUUCUUCCUGGGAAAUGAGGCAUUCCCCACGAAGGUCCAUAUGCCGCAGCGCAUUCUGGAGCAAAAGUGGGCUGAAGGAUUCGAGGCAGCCUCGGCUGCAAAGCAGCACCCCUUCAAGGAGCAGCAACAGUACAUCUAUGCAGAUGCUGUCUGCUGCGCACAGAAGUGGUUGGGCGUUUGUGAUGGAGUUUCAGGUGUGCAAAAAAUGGGCAUUGCCCCAGAUUUGCUGCCGAGAGAACUUCUUGCCCAAUGCCAGAAGGUGAUGAGCUCAUCGCCGGAUAUGCACAUGAACGGUGAGAACGGGUCCUGGGUCCUUUCAGUGUUGAAGAAAGCCUUCGCGGGAACCUCCUCGCUUGGAGCUACCACCGUGCUCCUCGCCGGCAUCGAGGACUGCCAGCGCUUGGCAGUAGUAACCCUGGGAGACUGCGCAAUGAUCUUGUUAAGGCCAACAAGUGGGGACAACCUUCGAAGCACUUUCCGCUCACAGCGGGUCAUGAUGGGUGAAAAGACCCCCGCACAGGUGCUCCGGCUUCCUCACCAAGUUACGGGUGAACAGAAAGAGUUGGUGGAAGACUUUCGCUUGGAUACAGUACAAAUCAAGCACGGCGAUGUGCUAGUGCUCGGGUCUGACGGCCUGUUCGACAAUCUCAGUGACGAGGCCAUCACCAAUAUCGUGCAGCGCCACUGCACGCAGUGCAGCUUCGACGAGCAAGGUCAUGCGUCUGCGAGAUCGCGGAGUCGCCCGUUGGUCCAGCAGCUGCCGGUAUUGUACAAAGGUCGUCCGGUUCCUUCUGUGUUGCAGCUGCAGCAAGCCGCCGCCAGCUUGGUCGAUGCCGCGAUCCAGAAUGUCAUUCUCGUUGCAGACCAACCGGCAGCCAUGCCGCUGGUGGCGCGAGGUAACCCAGACGACACUACUGCCAUUGUUGCGGUAGUUGUCGAGGAAGGCAGAAAUACAGACAGCGACAGUGAGAUCGAACUGCAUGAUGUUUAUCCAGAUGCUGAAGCGAUGCUGAACAAGGUUGCCUGUCCAGAUCAACGAGUCUGCAGCGCAGGAAUUUGGCCUGUAUGCUGUUAUGCAGCAGCCAUCGAUCGCGACGACAACGAAGACUCAGAGGCAGAGGUGUCGAGUGACCAUCCGGACACCGAGCACGGGCAGGCCUGGUACUGCAGUUAG